CUCAUCCCACUCUAUCUCUCUCCUCAUUUCCUCAUUUAUCAGUUUAACGUUCUUUAGAUUUUAAAUUCCCAACUUCCGACAUAUUUAAACUCAAAUUUUUCCAACAAAUUCUACUUGAAACCCAAUUAAAUUAUCCCCAAUUUCUAGGGUUUCCAUUUCCGAACUCCAAAUUAACCAUGCACAUCAAAGAGAUCUGUUUAGAAGGGUUCAAAUCAUACGCUACGAGAACCGUAGUUUCUGGAUUUGACCCCUUUUUUAACGCAAUUACAGGGUUAAAUGGUUCUGGAAAAUCCAACAUUUUAGACUCUAUUUGUUUUGUUCUUGGUAUUACGAACUUACAGCAAGUUCGAGCUUCUAAUCUUCAGGAGUUGGUAUACAAGCAAGGCCAGGCAGGGAUUACAAAGGCGACUGUUUCAAUUAUUUUUGAUAAUUCGGAUCGUAGUCGAAGUCCUUUAGGGUAUGAGGAUUGUCCUGAGAUUACUGUCACUCGUCAGAUUGUUGUUGGUGGAAGGAACAAGUAUUUGAUUAAUGGGCACCUUGCUCAACCUAGCAGAGUACAAAACCUCUUCCACUCUGUCCAGCUCAAUGUGAAUAAUCCUCAUUUUCUCAUAAUGCAAGGGCGUAUUACAAAAGUUUUGAACAUGAAACCUCCAGAAAUAUUGUCUAUGCUAGAAGAGGCGGCUGGAACUAGGAUGUACGAGAAUAAGAAAGAUUCUGCUUUGAAAACACUUGAAAAAAAGCAAAGCAAAGUUGAUGAGAUUGACAAGCUUCUUGGACUAGAAAUCUUACCUGCUUUGGAAAAGUUGAGGAAAGAAAAAAUGCAAUACAUGCAAUGGGCUAAUGGGAAUGCAGAGUUAGAUAGGCUUAAAAGGUUUUGCAUUGCUUAUGAGUAUAUGCAAGCAGAGAGGAUAAAAGAUGGUGCAGUCUACGAGGUGGAACAAAUAAAGGCAAAGAUUGCUGAAGUCGACACUGAUGCAUCUAGCAUGAAGUCUGAGCUUCAAGAGAUGGAUGCCAAAGUAUCUGAAUUGACUGCUGAGAAGGAAGCAAGUAUGGGUGGUGAAAUAAAGACUUUGCAGCAGAAAGUAGAUUCUUUAGCUAAUGAUCUAGUGAGGGAGACAUCUGUGCUGAAAAAUAAAGAAGAUACUCUCAAAAGUGAAAAAAAGAAUGCUGAUAAGGUUACCAAAAACAUCGAAGAAUUGAAACAUUCUGUGGAAGAUAGGGCUAUGGCUGUCAAAAAGGCCGAAGAAGGUGCAGCUGAUCUUAAACAAAGAGCUCAGGAACUUUCUAAAGAUCUAGAUGAGUCUGAGAAAGAAUAUCAGGGUGUGCUGGCUGGUAAGAGCAAUCAAAAUGAAGAUAAAUGCUUGGAGGAUCAAUUGGCAGAUGCUAAAGUGGCAGUAGGAAACGUGGAAAUAGAGGUAAAGCAACUAAAAACACAAAUAUCACAUGGCGAAAAAGAAUUGAAAGAGAAAACUACUCAAUUGAAGUCAAAGUGUAAUGAGGCUACUGCUGUAGAAAAUGAACUGAAUAGUAGGAAAAAAGAAGUUGAAGUUGUUAGGAAGGCAUUGGAGUCCCUCACAUUUAAUGAAGAUCAAAAUUCUCACAUGGAAGCUUUGCAGCAGGAGCGUGCAGUUGAAUUGGAGGAAGUGCAGAAACUCAAAGAUAAAAUAAGAGGUCUUUCGGCACAAUUGGCAAAUGUUGACUUCACCUACCGUGAUCCAACCAGGAAUUUUGAGCGGUCAAAGGUAAAAGGUGUUGUUGCAAAGCUCAUUAAAAUAAAAGAUAGAUCGACAAUGACUGCAUUGGAGGUUGUGGCUGGUGGUAGAUUGUAUAAUGUCGUUGUUGACACAGAAACUACUGGUAAACAACUUCUACAAAAUGGAGAUCUACGAAGAAGGGUAACCAUUAUACCACUGAACAAAAUUCAAGCACAUGUCAUUCCUAAUGAUAAACAGCGCGCUGCUGCUAAUAUGGUUGGAAAGGAGAAUGCAAAAUUGGCUCUUUCACUUGUGGAAUAUGAUAAGGAGCUGAAGAGUGCUAUGGAGUAUGUGUUUGGAUCCACCUUUGUGUGCAAAACCAGAGAAGCUGCUGUAAAGGUUGCUUUUAAUAAAGAAGGUAACAUUGAUAUCAGGGAACCAUGUGUCACUCUUGAAGGGGAUAUCUUUCAGCCAAGUGGUCUCCUUACAGGUGGUAGUCGUAGAGGUGGAGGUGAAUUGCUAGGAUGUCUCGCUACUUUGGCAGAGGCUGAGAUAGACCUUUCUACUCACCAAAAGAGAUUAUCAGAAAUAGAAACAGAGAUUUCUCAGCUUCUUCCGCUUCAAAAGAAGUUUACUGAACUUAACAAUCAGUUAAAACUGAAAGAAUAUGAACUUGAAUUAUUCAAGGGUCGCGCUGAACAAAACGAGCAUCACAAGCUUGGUGAGAUGGUGAAGAAAAUUAAGCAGGAUCUGUCAGAUGCAAGAACUUCCUUGAAGGAAAAGCAAGUAGCUUAUCAAAAUGGGGUUGAGAGGGUUUCUACUCUUGAGAAAUCAAUUAAGGAUUAUGAUAAAAAUAGGGGUGCCAGGCUUAAAGAUUUGGAGAAGAAGAUUAAGGCACUGAAGAGUCAAAUGCAAUUAGCGUCUAAAGAUCUUAAGGGGCAUGAAAAUCAAAGAGAAAAGCUUAUAAUGGAAAUGGAUGCUGUAGCUGAAGAACGUGCUUCCUUGGAGAGCCAACUUGAUUCUCUGCAGACUCAAAUACAAAGUCUGGUUGAUGAAAUCAAUGAGCAGAAAGUCAAGGUGGCUUCCAUAAAGGAACACCAUGAUCAGGUUCUAUCAGAUCUCAAUGCUGCUCGUUCAAAGUUAAAAGAAUGUGACUCACAAAUAAGUUGCAUUUUAAAGGAGCAGCAAAAGCUCCAAAGCAAAAUAAGCGAAGCAAGUCUUGAGAGGAAGAAGAUGGAAAACGAGGUGAGAAGGAUGGAGGAGGAACAGAAAGAAUGUUCUUUGAAGGUUGACAAAUUAGUUGAGAAGCAUUCUUGGAUUGCAUCUGAGAAACAACUUUUUGGAAGAAGUGGAAGUGACUAUGAUUUCGCAUCUUGUGAUCCUCUUAGAGCCAGGGAAGAACUGGAGAGAUUACAGGGAGAACAAUCUAGUCUAGAAAAAAGGGUAAACAAAAAGGUUAUGGCCAUGUUUGAGAAAGCAGAGGAUGAGUAUAACAAUUUGAUAUCCAAGAAGAACAUUAUUGAGAAUGACAAGGCCAAAAUCAAGAAGGUCAUUGAAGAGCUUGAUGAGAAGAAGAAGGAGACCUUGAAAGUCACUUGGGUGAAAGUGAACAACGACUUUGGGUCCAUCUUUUCCACAUUAUUGCCAGGAACUACAGCUAAGUUGGAGCCUCCUGAAGGUGGCACCUUCUUAGAUGGACUUGAGGUUCGUGUUGCCUUUGGAGGAGUUUGGAAACAGUCCUUGUCUGAACUAAGUGGAGGCCAACGUUCUCUGCUUGCACUUUCGUUGAUAUUGGCUUUGCUUCUGUUUAAACCUGCUCCACUCUACAUACUUGACGAGGUUGAUGCAGCUCUUGAUCUGAGCCACACGCAAAAUAUUGGAAGGAUGAUCAAAGCACACUUCCCUCACUCUCAGUUCAUUGUGGUGUCCCUCAAAGAAGGAAUGUUCAACAACGCAAAUGUCCUAUUUCGCACCAAAUUCGUUGAUGGAGUUUCAACUGUUCAGAGAAAUGUCGCAGCUAAGCAGAAGUGAUUCCCUCGUGUCCAUAUUAACAGAUCCUGAUUUGUUUCGGUUUCUUGACUAUCGACACUCCUUCGGGCUGACCAUCAGUUAUGCAUUUCCAGAAAUACACAAAAUGGUUGCUUACCAUUGGAAAUUUGGAUCAAUCUUUCAGUUUUACAGCAUUGCCAGUCUUGUGUUGGGUUUGGCUGAUAUAUUCUCUAUAUGUAUGUUGUGUAUAGCAAGUGUUAGUUUUUGCUAGCCUUUGUAUUUUAAUAACUAUUGCAUUGUUGAAGUAAUUCAAGAGCAAGACUUUGUUAAUUUUUAACAUAUAUUCCGUCUGUUUCUUUGAGUUUGCUACUGAAAGUGACAUUUUCUUUAUAAUCACUUUCAGUAGCAAACUCAAAGAAUAGGAAUACUCGUUCUUUGAUCAGCUAGUCUCUUGAGAGACCGUCUUUUUGAGAGACGUAUCUCAAGCCUAGCCCAUUAAAGAUUAAUGUCUACUUGCCAUAUUCUUAAUGUCUACUUAUAUUAUUUUUAAU